CGCAUAAAUUAAUCAAUCCAAAUAUUGUCUGUGAGACUUAAAAGCUGAAUGUCGUAGGUUGUUUAUUGUUCUACAAGGAGAAAUGACUAGAUUUCUCGUAUAGUAAUGUUUCACUAACCGUAUUUUAAACUACAAGAGGUGUUUGGUUAUUUAAACGCGAGUGGUUGGCGAGAAUUGGUGGCCAGAUAACCAUGCGAUUUGGGCAGUUUUUUUUACUCGUUCUCAUAUGUUGGAAUGUAAGCUGUUCAUUAUAUAGCGACGAUGAUCGUCUUAACCAUGGUAAGUUAUUGUGUUCUGUUUACAUUUAAGUGCUAUAUAGUGUCGACUUGGUAAUGUACACUAUACUAAAGAAUCUUAUAUUAAGAUCAAGUGCGGCCAGCGAAUUGUCAAAUCGCAUGUCACAGCAUUCAUUGUGACUAUGUAUACUUUCAUACUGAAAACUCAACCGACUGUAUUGUCAACAAACGGUAGCUUGAACCAGCUUGAAUCAACUCUAUGCUCACAAUACAGUAUUUGGCUGAUUUUUCACAUAUCACUGAAUACAUGUAUAAAAUUCAAUGUUCAGUGUUUACGAAUCAAACUAUUCAGUAGUAUCAUUGUCAUAAUGUAUACUUCUUUAAUAAUUUCAGUUCCUAUAUAACCCUGAGACUAUUAAAUUAAAAUACGUGUCAGAUUUGGACAUCCAUAUUAGUAAAUAUUUAAUCUAACUAUAUAUUGACGAAAAGUUGGUCGUUGCGAUCAUGUAAACGCUAUAGCAGAUACUGUACAGCAUUGUGACAGUAUGUACGCUCCAAAAGGCAAGAUCGACACAUCCAGAGGUUCUAUACCAGGCAGAGGAAGUCUACAGUAAAGAAUGAGGAAAUCCAUGGAAAACACGCGAGAUAGUCUUCAACAAGAAGCUUUAGCGCAGUUUUGGUUCAUAUACUGAGAACCCUAUGGUAACAACAGCUGCGGCCAAACAUGCAGUGAAAGCUGUGAAAUCACAGUUAAUGGGGAAACUGAACUUGCUUCAUGCACCGACGGAAUUCACCUCCGAAAGAGAAACCUUGACUUGUGUACUGUUAAACAGAGUAAUGCAUGAUACUAACGUUUGUAUUGAGAACUCUAUCAAUAUUAUCUCGGUUGGCUGAUUGAGUUGUGACUCCGCGCGGAGUGAUUCUUUGGUAUGAACAUGAAUAAAAAUUCCACUAUAUAUGUUCAAGUAUAGUUUUCUGCUUUUCUGGUGUGGAAGUCACUUGGAGAUCAUCAUCCAAUAUAUUUAAUCUACCUGAAUACAAAUCCCACCGUGAUUAAGCAUUUUUCUAUACUUGUCUGGUAUGUGGACGUCACUUGGAGAUCAUCAUCCAAUAUAUAUAAUCUACGUGAUUACAAAUCCCACCGUGAUCAAGCAAUUUUCUAUACUUGUCUGGUAUAGUACUGGACGUCACUUGGAAAACAUCGUCCAAUAUACUAAUCUUCCUUGAAUACAAUUCCCACCGCACGCUUUUUUACGACUUUUAUCAAAAUCUAACUUGAAUACCAUGAUAAAAAUUUACUAACAAAAAUAUCAAAACACACUAAAACCAAAUUAGCCAAGUCAGAGAAAAACCUUUAAACAUUAUGAUCCAUGCAUAUAUGUGCCUUAUGAAUCAUCACUUGGGAUUUCGUAUGUUUUUGAAGUUAAUUUUUUCACCUGUGUUAAAAAUCUUAAGAUCAAGUGCAGCAGGCAAAUUGUCAAGUCGCAUGUCACAGCAUUCAUGCAAUGUCACUAUAUAUGUACACUUCAGUUCACAGUAGCGAAAACUCAACCGACUGUAUUGUCAACAAACGGUAGUAGCUUGAAUCAGUUUGAAUCAACUCUAUACUCACAAUACGGUAUCUGAUACCACCAUGAUCAAGCAGUUUUCUACUUGCAUGCCUGGUGUGGACAUUGCUGAUGCUUGGGGGUCUAUAGUUUGGCGCAUACAUAUAGGCGGUUUUGGCGCAUUUGAGAGGGCGGUUUUCGGAUACAUCUCAAUUUUCGUGGCGGUUUACGAUGAAGAAGUUGUCAUUCGGUGAUGAAAAAUCGUUGAGCAUAGACUAUAUUACAUAUAAGCUCCAUUUGAAGAUUGGCUGCUUUUACAAAAUUCACUAAAUCUAAGGGACCGUUCAUUAUUUAUACCCGGGUUUUGUACCGAAGAGAUAUGGGUUGCAUGGGUAAUCAAGUUUUUGACUAGCUCAUGGGUUGGGUAAAAAAAAUUAUGGCUGUUUGUCAGCUAUAGAAUAAAACCAAAAUUACCAUGCAUGCAUUGGAAAAUAUGAAUAGAAAAAUGUGUACAAUACAUUCUGUACCAAAACAGACCAUCAGUGAUUGAGGAAUUAGGACUCUGUCAUUAAUAAUUGAUCAGCAGGAACGUGGUUGCUUUGACCAAACUCAGUGAGUUUGAGUGUGAGUGAGUUUUUAGAAUUUAGGCAACUUGAUUUCUGUCACCAUAAUCUUGUGUGUUUAAUUAUUAUGAAGUACAGUAACACAUGGGUUGGGUAAACAUUAUUUUGACCAAUGUUGAGGUUGGGGUAAAUAAGAAAGCUCUAUAAAAAUACGACGGUUUGCGGAACGACCGACCCCCCUAUAAUAGACCCUCUACUUACAGAACAUCAUCUAAGAACCCAUUUACACUGACGAUACGAGUAGUCGUAUCCAUGGGAUUGUCAUUCUGGCGUAUGAAAAUGACUGCUGACGCACAAUUUCUUUUCAUCAGUUUAUGGUUAAAUUUCACAUCUUUAUAUACGACUCUUCAAAACAGGUGUGCUGCAAAACAUGUACACACAAAAACGUGUUAUAUGGCACAUUAGGUGUGUUAUACAAGACAUUUUACUCUUACGAUUUUCAACGUAAACACACCUUUGUGAGUUAUAUAACACACAGUGUGCAGUGAUUACAUAACACAUGCAUGCAGCGAUGGAGGUGAAUGUGUUAGAUAACACCCUUUAAGAAAAACACCUUUUCAAUUCUACCGUGUUAGGGACUGGUCAUAAAGUAACUGCUAGGGUGGGCUGGAGGUAAAUCACAAAUUUUGCCAAUAAGUUUGGUGACCCAUCUUAUAGGAUGUACAUAAAAAUUUCAAAGCCCAUCUAAUCUUACCAAAUUUAUUUCAUGACCCAUCCACCCAAUCUAAAUUGGAAAAAUACAAUUUUAUAAUAAAAAACACUUGCAGGUAUAUGAACAUUGUAAAUAUACACCGGCUCUGUAUUCGAGACUGCAUUGACAUACAUAAUCCCACCAAGCUUGACCAACACAUUCAUUACCAAUUACGAUACUGAACUGCUCUCCAGUUGGUUGUAUUUGCUGUGAUUCGACCACUUCUUCUUGUUGUAUAAAACAAAGUACUGGCUUCAAUAGCAUCAUUUGCAUUUGAUAAUUGGGAUAGUUUUGUUUUCUUUUAUUAUUAAUAUCUUCAUGUAAUAUAUAAUUAUUAAUUAACAUGGAUUUUUGUCAGUUUGGUGGCCCAACCAUGGACAUACCAAAAACUUGGCGGCCCAUCGAAACUGCCCACAGAUUUUCCAUGGCCCAUCCCAAAUCACUCUAGCCCACCCUAGCAGUUACUUUAUGACUGGUCCCUUAGUUAGCACACCCGUCCUACGAAAACUGUGUUUAUUAACCCAAAUUUAAAGAUAAACGCACUUUGCUAGGAAAACAAAGUGCACAGGAGAAACACAUUUGACCAACAAACACACCUUUCCAAAACACACGUCUUAAACUAACACACUUUUAUAGAAAAACACAGUCUAUAAAAGAAUACAUAGAAUACUUGCGCUAGAAUACGAAUGGUAUACGACUAUAGUCGUAUCGUGUAAAUGUGUGUUAAUAAUUUUUAUCAUUUAUCUGUUCCAUGUUUCCUUACGCCUAGGCUAUCCCUACAAUAUUGGCGUGCCAUCAAUUCUCCAUAAAUAUGAUAUUGACGAUCCCGAAUCUGUUAUCAAAGCCAAGCGUGUGUUUGAAGACAAUCGGCAAGAAAAUGAUGAUGAUGACAUAGACUACGGUAUGAACUUAAGAAUUGUUUAAUUUACCGUCAGACACAUGGAUAUCGAUACGUUCGAUGUUACUGGCAUUGUGUUUUUGAAUGAUUUGAAUUUGAACUUAUUAAGAGGAGAUUUUUUCGUAUGUUACGUAACACGCGCUCAAAACUGAUGCGUAUAAAUACCACUUGAGGUUAUGACUAAAUUCAAAAUUUUAUUUCUCGAUACGUUUCUCAAUCGACAAACAAACUUAAAAAGUAUGUUUAGUGCUUUAUCUGUAAAAUAAUGCUAAAAUGAAGAGAUUUUAUUAGACGAUACGCCAAAGAGAAAAUGAUGUCUGAAGCUCAGUAAGUUUUGCUUAUAUGGCUGUAAAUAUGCAUGGCGUCACUUUUAAAGCAUCAUUGAUAAUUGUAUUUUAAUUGACAAUUUUUAACUAUUAUUUUAUGUUUCUCAACCGACAGAUGCAUUUAAAAAGGUAGCUAACUCUAUAAACUAGAGAAUAAAGCUAAAACAAAGUAAUUUUGAGAGGGACGCCAAAAAGAUUUUAGGUUUUGAACACUUUUCAUUGCAAAUACGUGACAUUGAAAAAAAUUGCCUCUUAAUUUAAACUGAUUUUGUUACCAAUUAGGUUAAAUUACAUCAGUGAGAAAUCUGUGUGUAAUAUUUAAAACAUGAGCAUGCAGGAUCGCUUUAUCAGAUAUAAACACGAGGCAACAGUCAAGUGUUUUAUAUCUGAUAAAGCACAUGCAGACUCCUAUUGUUUUAAAUGGCGACCUAAAAAACAAUCCAUCUUAUGAGUUCAUUGGCGAAGUAAUUUUAAAAAUUAACAUUGACUAAGCCGAGAAAAUAAAAGGCAAAGUUUAUAUAAUUUAACAUGAUUUCGACACAGUAGUAAUUUAAUUCCUUCAUCUUUUCCUUCUGAAUUAUUAAUGAGUUUUUGGAAUAUACAAUAAAACUUGAUAACAUUUAUAUAACUAUUUACAAUUUAUCUAUGGUCAAGAAUCAUAUCUAUAUGUACUAUUUAAAAAAACGAGCAGGAGUGUUUUAUUAGGUUUAAAGCCACGAGCGCGCAGCGCGAGUGGCUUUAGACCUAAUAAAACACGACCUGUGAGUUUUUUAAAUGGCUUCAAAAACGUUUGCAUAAUAAGCAUUUCAGAUAUGAAAAAUCCUUAUAUAAAAAUCUUUAUAUAGUUUGCAUAACAAUCGUCUUUUGUAUUAUUGCAUAAUAAAGUGUUCUUUAGCUGGUAUAAAGACGUAUGCACGUGACUAAUUUCUUACUCAAGAUUGGAUUAUUGCUUCAUGAAUUAUUAAUGAGUUUUUGAAAUAUAUAUAAAACGUUCUGUUAUACAAUAAUACUUAGUAUAUUUACAUUUCCCCCUCGUGUUCGUUGUCUAUAACUUCACGAUUUUAAAUAUAUUUUGUGCAUGCCGAUGCAUGCAUGUGCAGUGAGACUUUCACUUUGAUCUACGACUUAGGUUUGGUUCUUGCAAUAUUGAUGCAGUGUUCUCCGGCUCAGUUCACGUGAGAUUUAGUCCAAAGCCUUUAUAGUAACUUUUACUUUUUUAGGAACAUUUGAAGAAAACGAAAGUUAUCGUGAUUAUGAACGAGGAUACUCAAAUUGGUAUUUAAGAAGUUACGACGAGUCCAGCAACGGUAAAUCCAUACUUACUAUCUGACUAUAAUUAUCCACCAAAUCCAGCAUUCAAAAAAUUGUACAAGUCCGAAGAACGUGUCCAACUUAAAAGUUUGAAAAACCCCAAUUAUAAGUGGCCGAUUACAUGGAGCAUGUUCAACCCCGGUGUUGAACUCGGCCUUGUUUACCGUGUUGAAAUUUCAGCCCUGCGUGUCUGUAAUACAAAACUCUAUCAAAAUCAAACGCGCGAUUACAUGACAAAAUUUUCAACCCAGGGCCAAGUUAAGCUCCGGGGUUGAAAUUUCAACCCUGCUUCAGCGGCGGCUGGGUUGAAAUUUCAACCCCGGGGUUGAACUCAAUUUUGUCAUGUAAUCGUUUCAAGUCAGGGCUGAAAUUAUUACGAGUUAUUCGAGCAUACGUGGUAGUGACCAUUUAUUACAAGAAAACAAAAUGAAGGCUUUUUUACUUCCGGGACUGAUCAACGCCGAGAACGUAUAGUACAGCGUUUCAAUCCCGGGGUUGAAAUCGUCCAUGUAAUCGCAAAAAAAUUAAACCCGGUAAACAGGGCUGAGUUCAACCCCGAUGUUGAAAAUGCUUCAUGUAAUCGGCACACUGCGCAAAUAACCAUAUACUAGCCAUACUCAAUUACUUAUUUCUCCUUUUUGGUACUGUAUCGAUACAAUAGCACAUGCUCUUAGCCAAUCUGACUUGAGUAAUUUUUUCAUGCAUAUUAUAUUAGCGAUAUAAAACCCAGCCAACUGUAUACAUUUCCUCACAUCUUUUAGGCUAUCAAGACAACAAGAUCUGUGAAACGAACGACUGCCACAAUGCGGCAGCUGAAAUAAAAAACGGUCUCGACACGUCAGCUGAUCCUUGUCAAGAUUUUGAUCAAUUCGCAUGCGGUGGAUGGCGUUCCCGCAAUCCUAUCCCGAAGUCUCAAUCUCAGUGGACACAAUUUAUGAAACUUUGGCAUCACGAAGAAACACUGUUGAAGGAUGUCAUUGAGCGCCAAGCUAAUAGUUCAGGUAGACUCUAUGGUUAUAUCUGAUAUUUAUGUUGUACCACUAUAUUAUAGCUUUUUGUACUAUAUAUAUAACAACUAUUGUAUAGUCUAUUCUAAAGUGUAUUCUUUAAUGAUCUUCUUACCUACUAUUAUACUGUCAAUACAUGCAAUUUAAUUAUUGCUAUAUUUUUAUUAUCCUCCUCUAUUUAUCCGUCAUUCACAGUGUUAAACUUAUAUUUUAUCUUUUAUAGUCUAUCGUGCAUUUGAUCACUUAUCAGUAUAGUCUAUUAGUCUGUUUAUCUAUCAUGCAUCUAUAGUCGAUUUAUACUCAUCUAUCAUCUAUAUAGUCUAUUCAGUCAUCUAUCAUCUAUAUAGUUUAUACGUUCAUCUAUCAUCUAUAUAGUGUAUUCAUCUACAUCUAUAGUCUAUAUUCAUUUAUCAUCUAUAGUAUUCUAUUCAUCUAUCAUCUAUAUAUAGUCUAUUCAUCUAUCCUCUUUUGUCUAUUCAUCUAUUAUCUCUUGUCUAUUCAGAUCAGUCAUCUAUAGUCUUUUCAUCUAACAUCUAUCGUCUAUUCAUCUAUUAUCUAUAGUUUAUUCAUCUAUCAUCUAUAGUCUAUAUUCACCUAUAUAUUCAUCUAUCAUCUAAAGUCUAACUAUUUACCUCUAUUUAUAAUCGUUCAUCCUUUAAUUCAUCAUUCAACUAUUUAUCUUCCGUUUCAACUUUACAUUUCAGAAAAUUCAUCAGCAGCUCUCAUAUACUCUUGGUAUUCCUCAUGUCUGAACGAAACAGAACGAAAGCAGAGCGGUGAUAAACCUCUACUUGGACUUAUCUUGGAACUUGGUUCAUCUUCAGUUAUCACUCCGUUCACCUGGUUUCCGUUUGGCUGGAUGUUCGUGGAUCAUGUAGUUCUACUGAAUCGUUUAGCUAUUCAUCCGUUUUUCCUUGUGACACCGAGAAACGAUCUUCUUAAUAGUUCCAGAGUCUUAUUGACGGUAACAAACUUGUUGUCGUUGUCGUUGUCGCUGUCGCUGUCGUUGUCGCUGUCGUUGUCGCUGCCGUUGUCGUUGUCGUUGUCGUUGUCGUUGUUUUUGCUUUUUUGUUUUUAUUUUUGUUUAUGUUGUUGUCGUCGUUAUUUUAAAUGUCUUUUUCUUUACAGUUUAGUCCUUCGAAAACGCUGUUGGGAUCUCCAAAUUUUUACUUUGGGAAAGGAACUUAUUACAAAGACGUAAGAGAGAAACAGUUUUUUCAAUUUUUUUUUAAACAUACCCAUAGUUGUAAGAGUUUCCUUGCUCUUGACAAACCUGCAUUGCGCAGGCGUUGAGAAGCGAUAAAAAGUUCACAUCUUAGGCUAUCGUAUUCACUGUCGAGUUUAAUUUAUUAAAAUGAAGAAGUUUGGAGUUGUGGGAGGAUUACAUAUACCUAUGUAAAACACCAUUUAGCCUUUUUAUUUCAUGAUAUUUAACUGUACCUUACAUUCUUUGAUCAGUCAUUAUUUAUAUGUGACGUUAAUUCCGGACAUUUGCAUAUCAAUAAAACUGGAAUAACUCCGACACAAAGUGUGCAAACGAAAAUCUUCAAAAUAAGUUACAAUAUCAUUUGAAAGCUUCUUAGGAAUGAGAUAUUAGAAGAAUUGAGGUUAGGUGUACUUUAAGUUUCAAACUAACGAUAAUAACAUUGAACAUUGCUAUUACUGGAUCCACUGGACACUUUUUAAUCAAGUCCUCCCCAUCGGCAAUCUGACGUUCGUGUUGACAAAGCUGACGUCGCUUGCUUAAGCUGCCUAAUAAAGUCUAAAGCAGUGAAGAAGAAGAAGAAGAUAGUACAAUAUAAUGUUUACAUGCAGGGCCGUUCCUAGCGUGAUAAUUGGGAGGGGGUGUAUAUUCAUAUAUUCGUGUUCUGCCCGACAGAUUUCUUUUGAAAGCGAUUGUUUUUACGGUAUGUGAACAUGAAUUUCCCCCCAAUUAUCGCGUCUAGGAACGGCCCUGUAUACAUGUUUCCAGCUACGCUAAACGAGAUGGUAUAUGUGUCAGCAAAACUUGAACGCAUAUUUUGUUCUUUCUCUAGGUUCGUUAUGCCUACAUCAAAUUGAUGAUCCACCUCAUUAUAAAGUUACGACGAUCUUUUGGAAUGGAUCGAAUUAAUUCAGUGUAUUCAUUUCGUAAUCAGAUUGCUAAUAUUUUUAAAUUGGAAUAUUACAUCGCCAGGGUAUGUUAGUUCAAAUUUUUUAGCAACUGUUUCAUUUUGUCAUGUUUUGCUCGCUACUCUGGUGAGUUAAAUAAAUGAUUACAAAGCCCAGUCGAAUUGUAAUCAAGACCCAACGUUUCGACACUCCAGUCUAGUGUCUUCAUCAGGAGUGAUUUGACGUUGCAAUCCUGUGGCUUCUUAAUUUGGCAAGGCAUAAAACAUUAUCCAUUCUGCUGUUUUUCAUUGCUCGUUUAAUAAGAAGUGUCGAAGAAAAUAAGAAUCAGGGGCAGGUGGUACGAAAGGCCGGAUAGCCUAUGCACUGGAUAGUGCUUUAUUCAACCAUUAAUAUUGUAAAAUUGCUUCAUGCACCGCGGCACAGUGAUUUUUGAAACUUUCUUAAAUUGUCCAUUGAUUUGUAUAACCAUAUAAUAUGGUAAAGUAUGAAACGAUUAUAUAACACACUGAUCAAAGUAACGCAAAUUACUUUCUUUAAAAUGUUACUCAUUACUUUAGAAAAAUAAUCAAUUACUUUAUCAACAACUAACUAUACAAGUACUUAAUUAUAUACUGAAAAAUUACUCGAAAAGUAAUUAGUAAUUAGUAACGCGUUACUUUAGUAAAGAGUAUUUACAAUACUUCAAUGUUCGAAUACAAAAGACAACUUUGUAGUUCAAUCAACAUGCCACCUUUUCCAUUUCCCUAAUUGGUUGCCCACUUUCGUAUUUCCUAGGUGUUAUAUAGCAAAAAGAAGACGACCUACCACAUAAUGUCUUUGAAUCGGCUGCAGAGAGAAAUUCCAUGGGUAAGAUUGAGUUAUUCGGUACGAUUCAGUUAUUGAGUAAUUUGUUGUUGAUCUGUUGUUAUGGGUAGCCCUGCCAUUGUACAAGAGGAAAUCCAAGCUAAACUAACACUAUAUUGAUAGGAUAUAACUUUACAGUUUAAACUGUUCUUCUUUGAGGCCCAGUAAUGCUCCAGUAUUACUGCAGGACGAACCUUGUACGAAACCAAGUUACUGUAUCUAUAUAUACUGCAUGGAGGUAUAUGAGGUCUAAACUGUUACCCGUUUAUUUCUUCUAGUUUCCGUGGAAGCUGUACAUUCAUAAAUUAUAUUUCAAUGUCAAGCAAAAGAAACCCAUCACAGGGAAUGAAAUGAUCGCGAUAUUUAGACUGAAUGUACUGAAGAAAAUAACACGCAUUCUUAAAUUAACGCCAAAAUCGUAUGUAUAAUGUAUUUUUUAACGUUCACCGUCUAAUGAGAAUUAUCAUCUAUAGACUAUUUAUCUAUCAUUUAUAUAAUCUAAUAGUCUAUUCAUCUAUGAUCUAUCAUCUAUAGUCUUAGUUAUCUAUCAUCUAUAGUUUAUUCAUCUAUCUUCUAUAUAGUCUGUUUAUCUAUCGUCUAUAGUCAUGCAUCUAUCAUCAUCUAUACUCUAUUCAUCUAUCAUCUAUAGUCUUAUUUAUCUCACAUCAUCUAUAGUUUAUUCAUCUAUCAUCUAUAGUCUACUCAUCUAUCUUCUAUAGUCUAUAUUCAUCUACCAUCUAUAGUCUAUUCAUCUAUUAUAGCAUCUAUAAUCUAUUAAUCUAUCAUCUACAGACUUUUUAUCUAUCAUCUAUAGUCUAUUAAUCUAUCAUCUAUAUAGUUCAUCUAUGAUCCAGCAUCUAUAUAAUCUAUUCAUCGGCUACAACUUAUUUGUCUAUUUAAUCUUCAGGAUCAAAGCAAACUUCUUAAUGUGGAACAUUGCUUACCAAUUUACGGGAGACAUCAGUGCCGAUUACGAGACAGUAAGACAUCGCUUUGUUGUCGCGAUGUAUGGGGACCGACAACGUAAAGCAAGAUGGCGAGAAUGCGUCUCCUCCACCAGCGCUGCUCUUUCAAUGGCCGUGGGAAAGCUAUUUGUGGAAGAGACCUUUGAUGAACACAGUAAAAUGAGAGUGAGUUCCGGAAUAUUAAGAGCAACUUUUAUCUGAAAAAGUUAAAUUUCGGCUUUAUCUAUAAGAAAACAUUACUCAUUCUAUAUUAUCUUUCCAAGUACAAAUCCAACCAUGAUCAAGUAGUUUUGUAUUUCCCUGUUGUGGAAUGUGGAUAUCACUUGGAGAACAUCAGCUAAAAUAUAUAAUCUACCUUAGUACAAAUCACCUUGAUAUUGGUGAAAAUCAUCCUAUAUAGGCUAUAUACAAUCUUUAUAGUUUUGUCAUGGCUUUUCUAGGCGGAGAAAAUUAUUGAAGACAUUCGUCAACAGUUAAUUAAGGAUUUUGAAAAUAUUUCGUGGAUGGAUAAAGAUACAACAAAAAAUGCAGAGGAAAAGGUGAGAUGAAUUCAUAACAGAAGUGCAGUGGUUCCAAUUCCGACUAAAGAGCAUACCCAGCGGGCAAAGACGUUGGAUAGACGUUGAAAAAGGGUUGACUAUGCAAAUUGGAUCGACGUUACUGUUUCGACGUUGAAACAACGUUGAAAUUAGGUUGCCAAUCUCGUCAACCAUAAUUCAACGUUGAAUCCACGUUAAAACAACGUUGAGAUUGGUUCACAAAUUGACGUCGUACAUUUAACCAUGAAUGAACGUUAAUUCAACGUCUGUUGGCUGCUGUUGAACCAAUGUUUGUAAAACAACGUCAGAGCAUCGUAGAUAUUAGGUUGUCGACGUCGCAACCUUUUUUCUACCAAAUUUCAACGUUGAAACAACGUCGUGUGCCCGGUGGGUAGUGGAUGCAAUAUUUCAAAUCCGAUUAUGGGGACUGGACUAGACUUCAAAUCCGCGAGGACUUGAAAUCUAGCUAAAUCUAGUCCAGCCCGAAUUGGAGGAUUUGAAAUGACGUCCCAUACUAAAUCAUUACUUAAAGUGAGGUGAAUUAAUUUCGAUUCAGUCGCAGGACUGAAUAAAUUUUAAUCCAUGGAGUCCUAGGAUCUAGGUUGUUAUUUAUUUGUAUAAGUAGUCAAUGUGAUCUAUAAUGGGAGAAUGUAAGUGAUGGAUGUAUUUCAACCUUGUGUUGCAAAGUCUACAUUUUUAAACAGAUCAUAUUUUAGGGCGAAUCAAUAGGAUUUCGGCAAAUGUUAGUGAAAGUAAACGGACGAUUUAAUCGUUCCUGCAGCAGCAAAAAUUUGUAGCAGAUUUAAAUAUUGAUACUUUGUAGUUGAUGAAUUUAGAGGAUUUUUUAAUAGGAACUUGCUUUUUGAUCAGGAAAUCUUAUGAUCUGGAGACGCCCCAGUCCCCCGUCGACAGGCAUUUUGUGAAUAUUGAAGGAUGGAAUUAAGCCACGCCUUUCUUAUCGGGCAAAAAAAUUAACAUCCCUCCAUUUGUGAUACUGCUGCAGUAGCAGGCUCAAUAAGGGGCAACGAGUUGAUCGCAAAAUUGUAAUGGUUUGAGGAUUUCUUUAAACCGGUACUGAUUUACGUUUUAUUUUUCUUUAGGCCAAAGCAAUUUUGAAGAAUAUUGGAUUUCCAAAAUUUGUUUUGAAUGAAACAUUGGUUAGAUAUUACUACGCAGGAGUAAGUCAAGCCUCGAAUAUUGCGUAUACUGUAGUAGCUCGCGCCAUUAAUUGCAUUGCCUAUAACAGUAUAAGUUCAGUUAAGUAGUUCGGUGCUCUUAGUAAAGCUUUUAUUUGUGGUGAACUUUUAAAGAAAAAGCAGUCAGUAUCAGAACGGCCAAAUUGUUCACUAAAUGCAUUCAACUUGUGUUUGGUGAUCAUAUGUUCACUCCCAUUGGCGAUAAUCCAAUAAUAUACUAUAAAAUUAUAAGAAAGUUAGCUUAUUAAUAAUAAUAAACUUUGGGUUACGGUACUUCAAAGCAAAUUUUCCAACUACCUGCUUUUUCAAUAUUUUUCAAGAAAUUAAAUCUAGAUCAAAAAGCUUAAUUAAUCUUAUUAAAGCUUAUUUGAUAAAACAAACUGACGUCAAGAAAUGCCCCGAAAAUAAAACUGAAGAUUUAAGUUUUAUCCAUGGUUAGGGCCAAUGUAAGGAUGUUGUAGAUGUAAUAUUUCAGACCAGAGCCUCUAAACCGCGCAAAGGCCCUGGGUACAAGGUUGGGACCAUUGAACUAUAAAUAAACUGGAAGGCUAACUGCUAUGAUGAAGGCCUAUGAUUUGAUGAAGCCAAAAUAGUUUUUCUGAGUUAUGAGCAGAAAAACUUGACCCCAUUGAAGCUAUUGAAAAUUUCUAUUUGGUGUGGAAAUUUCAAGACUUCAGCGAAAAGAAAAAUAUUUAAAAAAUACAAAAACAACUUCAAAACGGCAAAUUAUCGGUAAUUAUGUUUGUAGUUUUUCAACAUUUCCCUUUUAGCUAAAGUCUAGAAAUUUCUACACCAAAUAGCGUUUUUCAAUAGCUUCAAUUUGAUAUAUAGCCCAACGUUCAGUGUUGAGUAUUUCUGCUCAUAACUCAGAAAAACUAAAAUGCACUGGCUUCAAUUCCCCCCCCCCUGAGUUAGCCUUCCAGUUUAUUUAUAGUUCAAUGGUUGGGACUGGACUAGAUUUCAAGUCCGCGCAAUUUGAUCAAACCCGAGGCAUGGCCGAGGACUGGAUCAAAAUGCGAGGACUUGAAAUCUAGUCCAUGCAGUCCGAAUCGGAGGAUUUGAAAUAUUACAUGUACAACUAUGUACAAAAUCCUUACAUUAGCCCUAAGCAUGGAUGAAAAUUAAAUCAAUGACAUCUCAUACGAAUAAAUCACUACUUAAAGUGAGGUGAAUUAAUUUCGAUCCAGUCCAAGGACUGAAUAGACAAUUCCCAUUAUAGACUAAUUUUAAAACUAGGCAAGGAGAUGCAAUUAAAUCACCACAGCUAGAAAGAGCAUACUAAAAUUAGUAAAAUUACAAAAUUUGGUUGCGAAAUGUUGUAAAAUGUGGAAAAUAUAGCCUUGCAAAGUUUGCAAAUUUUGUAUACUUUUGUAUUGCGUUUUGCGUGCGACAUUUUCGGCCUAAAUGUGGUAGGAAUUUCCGCAAGCAAUAUAAAACGGUAUACAAAAUUUGCGAUCUUUGCAAGACUAUAUUUUCGCCAUUUUACAACAUUUCGCAACCAAACUUUGUAAUUUUACUAAUUUUAGUAUGCUCUUUCUAACUGUGGUGAUUUAUUUGAGUGUCCUUGCCUAAUUUUAAAAUUAGUCUGUAAUGGGAAUUGCCUAUUAGUAUAGGUAAUCAUGCGAUGGCGAGUACAAUUAGGGUUAAUAGUACGAGUGAUGUUUGGAAAUUUUGCCAAAAUUGGACGAGCCGCGCCGGGGCGAGUCCAAUUUGGCAAAUUUCCAAACAUCACGAGUACUAUUACUCCCUUAAUUGUACGAGUAACAUCGCAUGAUUACUUGUUUAUUAUUACGGCAUAUGACAAAAUUGGAUACUUCUCCGUCAACAUCAUAUUCUCUCGCCAAAGCCCAGUCCUGCCAGACUUUCAACCAAAAUUUGGUACUUUUGUUCGUAUUUUAAUUUAGUUCUUUUGUUAAAGCAAAAUUUGGUGCUUUUGUUCGUAUUUUCAUCUAGUUCCUCAAGGGCAAUUUCAUUUCACAUUUGUGUUCAAAAUACCUAUUUUAUUUGUUUUGGGAAAAUCAUUAAUUGUACUGCAGUACAAUUAAUGAAAUAAUUGUACUCCUCUCAACCAAUCAGCAUCCAGCAAUUUUGUCAUGCUAAUAAUAAGUAAUUUAACUGAACUGUAUCAAUAUACUUCAUCAGGUAUCCAGUAUUAUUAUACAUUGUAGUUGGUAAAAGCAAUUUGAUUGGCUAAGAGCUAACAGUUAAAUCGCGCAAUCACGCAACCUACACAAAAUUCAGUUAUCUGCUAGCAGAUAACUCAGUUAUCUGCUAGCAGAUAACUGAAUUUUGUGUUAGGUUGCGUGAAAUUUAAUGAGUGUACAUUUCAAAUGAGUGUACAUUUCAAUUUUCAAAUGAAUGUACAUUUCAUAAUUGUAAUGUUUACUUUAACAAGUAAAUAUUUUAAUACGUUAACAUCUUAACGAUAAUAUGUUUCUUUUAUAUUUGUAAUUAAUUUAACUGUUGGACUUCCGGUGACUUGUUUAUAGAAACGUUUUACUUGAACAGCUUUGCCAGAAAUCAUAUUGAAUAUAACGUUUACCGAGACCUUGAUAAUUUUGCAUAUCGCAAAAACCGAAUUCAAUAAUUGUUUUAUUAUUUAAAAUACUAUGUUUAUUAUUCUUCAAAUGUAUAAUAAAACAAUUAUUGAAUUCGGUUUUUGCGAUAUGCAAAAUUAUCAAGGUCUCGGUAAGCGUUAUCAGCCUCGCCUUCGGCUCGGCUGAUAACGCUACCUCGACCUUGAUAAUUCCGCAUAUCACAAAAACCUCAUCCAAUAAUUGUUAAUUAUCAUGUGAGCAAAAUAAAGCAAUAUGGUUGGCUAAUUUACCAUGAAUUAUUAAUAUAACGAGCUUGAGAUGGAAAAGUCGAGUGAACGGAGUUUUUAUAUAUUCAUUAGACGGUCCUAGCCAGGAGCAAUGGACAACUUGCAUGUUAGACUAAAUUUUAAUCUAAGCAGAGAAAAGGGAAUCAAACACCACAGCUAAAAAGAACAUACUGAAAUUAGUAAAAGUGCAAAAUUUGGUUGCGAAAUGUUGUAAAGCUUUGAAAAUAUAGCCUUGCAAAGUUUUCAUAUUUUCAGUAUAUUUGUAUUACGAGCGGAAAUUGUUACCAUUUUCGGCUCAAAAAUGGUAACAAUUUCCGCACGUAAUACAAAUAUACUGAAAAUAUGCAAACUUUGCAAAGCUAUAUUUUCCAAGCUUUACAACAUUUCGCAACCAAAUUUUGCAAGUUUACUAAUGGUAAUACGUUCUUAACGGGAAUUUACUUUUUUUUUGCCUAGAUCGGCUAGAUCAAAAAUAUGUCUAACAUGCAAGUUGUCAAUUGCGAAAAAGGCAACUACAUGUAUAGACCCUCUGUCCGAUGCAGCGCUCUAACCAACUGAGAUACAGAUUCCAGUUGUCGAGUUCUAACCACAAGUUCAUGUAUAAAUACUAAGGUGUUGCCAUGGUAAUGUAUAUCAGGGUAAAUAUCAUGAGUUGUUUGGGGGGCACCUCACUCAUUUUAACUAAUGGUAACGACCAGCCCGAUAGCAUCACCUUCGGCACCAGAUUCUUUCUAGCAGCACCAGAUUCUUUCUCAAUCGCUUUAUACAUUUUUUUCUUUGUAUAUCAAGAUGUCUUUUCAUCCUGAGAAAUUUCUGAACAACAUAAUACUGCGUCGCUUGAUUAUUUCUCACAACACUUUGACGUCCAGAGAAGUUAAACCUGAUCGACAAAGGUAAAUGCAGUGGAAAUAUGAAGUAUCGUACUGUCGAUCGUACUCAUCGUAGCGAAUUUAGACGAUGCUUUUACUUGAAGUAAAAAGUAAAAGUACUAUUGUCUGUAGGGGGGGGGGGGGACUUCUCCAAUGGAUUGACAUACAAAAGACACAAAACAGCACACGCAUUAUAUGCGUGCACCUAAUAAUAUACAAUAUUUCACGGCAUGGUCUACUUUCCAGACCCCGUUGAAGAGAGAAGAAAUCCAGACGCAUGUAGAGGUCCUAUUACCUAUCCCAAAAUUAAAAUAAAUCAGAAAUAAUCACGUAAAAUUAAACAAAAGUUAGAAAGUAACGAAAUACUUCGGAGCAACAAAAUGAAAAUAACGAAGUAAAACGUUACUUCUUAAAACGACUUCGUUCCAAGUAAAAGUAGUCCAGAAAAAGUUUACUUUGUUACAUGCUCACUUCUCGAAAAUAGUACUCAAGUACAGUAACGAAGUAUAUUUACUUCGUUACUUGAUACCACUGGUGGGCGGUAGCACAUUGUUAUAACUUAUAACCAGUUUUAAACAGAAUUUAUUAAGAUAAUGUUUUCGUUGCUAGAUGGUCUAUGGCGCCACAACAAAUCAACGCCUAUUACAGCCAGGAAUUUAACAAGAUAGGUAAACUUUCAUUAAAUGAAAUCACUUAUCAUGUGCUCAUGUGCAUUUAAAAAUUAAACUACAUUCGCACGACGAAUCUUCCUUAAUGAUAUUUGAUGAAUGAUGAGGCAAAUGAUCAUCAGUAAUUUACAGUUUAUGCAAGUCUCACUAAACCAGCAGGUGUAUCAGAUAUACAAGCUCUUUCGUGGUCAUGAUCUUUCGUGGUCAUGAUUUCCUUUCUGUUUCUAUCAGAAAUUAUUAACGAGGAUUACAAAUACGUGACACUCUUUUUCUUCUUUUCUUUAGUGUUUCCAGCAGGAAUAUUACAGCCUCCAUUUUGGCAUGCCUCCUAUCCGAUGUAAGUAAUUGUCUUUGCUAUAAGCAUGCAGCAAUCCCCUUGGUUUUAUAUACUGCAGGGGGUAUCAAAAGAAGUGCACAUGAAGUUAUAAAACGUCCAAUCAACUGAAAAUUCCGCAAAAUUGGUCAGUGCCGUUCUCAGGAUGUUUUCACCAAGGGAGCAGUAAUACUAAUAUGCUGAAAUAACCCGAAAUAAAUGCAUCAGUUGAAAUGGCCAUGUCAGUUAAUUCUGAUUCACAAGAUUAUAAGCGCCAUUUUGCGUCAUAAUUCAUAUAAUAACAUUAUUAUAAAAUCAACUAAUAAGAUAAAAGCAGUUGCUGUUACCUCUACUGUCCACACCCCCCCCACCUGAAAUGUGGGGGGGGGGGGGUGUGGACAGUAGAGGCAACAGCAACUGAAAUUGAAAUUAGUGCACAGUAUCUCUGGCGCUCUGAAUGUCACUGUUGUAUAUACUGUUUAGGUCGAUCCAGUACGGUGGUUUGGGAUUUGUUGUCGGGCAUGAAAUUAGUCAUGGAUUCGAUGUCAAUGGUGAGAUAUUUAUUUUGUCCUUAUAUAUAUUAUAAAUAAAGUGAGCUCCAUAUAUGUCUGGAACAAGAACUUCAGUUAUUCUGCCUAUCGAAAAGUGAAACCAAGACGGCGGAAAGAGCUAUGAAGGCCGAAAUUCUAAUAAUAGCUAAUUCCAGUUUUUUGCCUGGACCGAUACGGUAAUUAAAGUUAUCAGUUCAUAAAACCUUGAGGUCAAAAUUCGCGGACAAAAGCAACAGAAAAAGACCAGAACUGACAUCCAAAUAUUAUAGUUUUUCAAAUUCCGCCAUCUUGCAUGGACUUUUUGGACUCGAGUUCUCGCCCCAGAUCAUCAUGGAGCUCACUGAGUGUAUAAAUAUAGGUCAGUGCAAAAUACAAAUGCAAGUGCCGGCACACAUGUAGAAACGUAUAGGUCUGCAAACAAGUUGUUACAAAUCUAUUUUCAAAGCUGUGUCUUGUAUAAGAAGCUUGGUGGCAUUAUCAGACUUGUUACAAGGUUCUUCUAACAAGUCUGAUGCAGUCAUAUUCAUAACAAGAUAUAACAGGAAUGUUACAAGGCUGAUGACACAAGGUUGUAACAGUAUUGUGUCGGACUUGUUGGACCUGCAUCUUCCUAGGUUGUAACAGUAUUGUGUCGGACUUGUUGGAACUUGUCAUGAUUGUGUCGGACUUGUUGGAACAAUCUUGCAACAAGUCUGAUAAUGCCAUCAAGCUUGUUACAAGUUGUUAACAGCUUGUUCCAUACUUGUUGACAACUUGGAACAAGCAGUCGGCGAACCGCGAACACAACUUGUUGACGGCUUGUUGGUAGACUUGCCAAUUAAAGAUGUGAGAUUUUUGCGAGUGUAACUAAGAACUUGUAACAAAUUAUUUAUGGUAUAUAGGGGUAAGAAUCACUAAGGAUAGAGUUAAGAUGAGGUUUACAGUAAAUUUCACCUCAGUAGCAUGUAGAAAGAGUGUUUCCAGUUUGCAGCUAGGUUUGUGCGGAAUUUGGUUUCCUCUCGUAUAGCCAAACUAAGCAAAUACGCAAUGAUCCAUCAUACUAGGCCUACCAAAACCGUGGAUCCUUCUCUCGCUCGGAAAAAACGUGUCGUGUUUUUGUAUCAAAAUAUCCAUGCAGGAAUGCAACCAUGCACAUUCUUAACGUCGUGAAAUCGACAUCUUGGAAAUGGCGACAUCGACUGAUUAACUGGCCGCAUUAUGCCAAGAUUAGCUAAUAAUAAUUUAAAAGUAAUUUAGCAAUAAUAUAUAAGCGUGAGUCUGUAGCAAUCUUGUUCCCAAACUUUAAAACCUGUGAACGUACGGGGUUUGGACUGUAGUCACAUUCCUGAAUGUUUUGACACAAAAACAUGCAUGAUACGCGUUUUUGGGCGAGAGGAAGAAUCCGCGGUUUUGGUAAAGAACAGUUUUAGUUUAAAAAAAGUCUGGUUGGUGAAGGUUUCUUCUUGUAGAAAUAUUUGCUUGUGUCUGAAAGUACAAGAGACGCCCUUAAUGAACAUUGGCUUUUGAGGAAAACGAUUUAUAUAGAAUUGACUACAAACAGUAUCUACAUGUAUACAGUAUAAAAAACUAAAUUAGUUCAGUUUAAGCUACGUUUACACGCUGCGAUUUGUCGGGCCGAUUUUGGUAAAUAAUCGUUGCACCUUCUUCGACAUUUAGCGAUUUAAACGUUCAAUUGAAGCUGUCCACUCUCUCGUCUGUUUAUAUUAUAGUUUUGUGCGUGCGAAAAGUUUUCAACAAUUUUACAACGAAAAAAAAUCGUUGAAUCGUGAGAAAAAUCUGUGUUUUGCUACAGAUUUUUCUCCCGAUUUUGUGAAUCGCAAGGCGCUGACGCGAGUACUCACGACAGGUUAUUUACAUACAGCGAGAAAAAUCGGUCCUAAAGCCUAAAGGUACGUGUAAGCGUACCUUUAGUUUAGUUUAAUUUAAGUUUCCUCUUGUAGAGACACUGUAGCAAAAGGAGACGACCUAAGCUUACUUCCACUCUAGGGGAAGCUGGGGAACAGCUUAGAAUUGAUGCAUGCAGCUAUCCACUUUAAAUAAAGUUAAUUUAACUAUCAGCCCUCGUGAUGCUUAACCCAACCCAAAAUAAACUACCAAAUCUUUUAAUGGAAGCCAUUAUCCACCUUUUUGUUUUUCUUUUGGUUCAUAAGGAAUGCACUACGACAAGAAUGGAAAUUAUAUUGGUUGGUGGACUAACUCGUCAAAAAAUGCAUUCAAGUUGAAGUCUCACUGCCUGAGUGGCCAGUAUUCGAACUACACGGUUUUUGGAAAGAACGUAAGUGCUGCCUUCGAUGUUGCCUCUAAACCAUCGCUGUUUGUGAAGUAACAGCUAGUACACUUGAAUUCUCAAUCAUCAGAAAUAUCAUAGAUCACUGCUCUAUACCAUUUGAACUAUCAAACCUAUACAGAGGUUGGUGGUGGUGAGUUCUUAUACUUUAUAAGCACAAAAGAUCGGAACUCUCAACCUUCAGAAUUCUAGCUAGUCCACUAUUCUACUUGUCAGUUGAGCUAUCAAGCCAACAGAUCGGUAAUGAGAUUGGUAAUGAGUUUUUAUCCUUUGUAAGUACACAAAAUUUUAACUCUCAACCUUCAGGAAUUUAGUCGCCAACUCUACCCUAUACGCAAGCCUGGUGGUGUGAACUCUCAGCCUUCAGAAAUCUAGUCCACCAACGUUACCUGUAUGAGCUAUUCUGCGGACGUUGGUGGCGAGUUCUUAUCCCUUAUUAAAUACCAUUAUGCAGCGACAAUUUGUUUGUCUUUUAAUAGAUAAAUGAUGCAUCCCUUGUUUGUCCUUUUAAUAGAUAAAUGGUGUAACGACGUUGGGUGAAAAUAUUGCCGACAACGGCGGAAUACGACUGGCUUAUAAGGUUUUGUUUACCAUAUAUUGAUAUUUUACUCUUUUGAAACUUACCUCCGAUGUGUGAGCAUUCAUGCAUGGCUGUGCCUGAUGCUUGGGUGGGGCAGGGGAAUGGACCGCCCCCCCAAUAAUUUCUGAAAGAUUUCAAACAACAAAUAGUGGUCAUACAACCUAGUUCGCGUCCCCCUCCCCCAAUAUUUCGCCAAGGGUCCCCACUGAUGCCUAUAGUAAUGUAUCUAAUUCGCAUGGAUCAGGUUUUAAAAAUGAGUGCUUGCAUGUUCUAUUUCAUACUAUCUUUGAAAUAAGACAUAUACCGGAUUGUACAUACAAUUCCUAGGUUAUAAGGUUCAUGAAUAUAUUAUAUUUAGUUAUAUAUCUAAAUCGUUUAUGUAUAGAUAUUGUUUACGUAUUGUGUUUGGUUGAUAUUGUUUACACUAAAUACCCAUGCAGUGGCUAGGUCCAAAUAAACUAUGGAGCCAAACAACUAAAUUUCCCCCGCCAUUGUAGGCAUAUAAAGAAUGGAAAAAGAACAAUGGUACUAAUGAGAAAACGUUGCCUGGUCUUCCUUUUUCUCAUGACCAGCUGUUCUUCUUGAAAGGUGCCCAGGUAUAGAUUAUCUUAAAUUUGUUUUCUAUAUUCUUUUUUGGCAUAAAAAUAAAAAACAACAAAAGCAAGCUUUCAAAGCUACGUUGUUUAGAAAGUGCAUGGCAACAAUUAGUAAACAUGAGCGCCAUUUAAAAUUAUUUUGCUAACUAACUUCACUUUAAUUUAAUUUAAUUCCUUUCUUUAUAUUGAUAGUUAUGGUGUGCGAACAUCCGUAAGAAAGUUGCUCUCAAUAUGAUCGACACUGACCCACACACGCUGAAAAUGUUCAGGUAUUUCAAGACUGAAAUUAAUUAGUAAACUAUGAGUUCAUGUAUAUAUAUACUAUCUCACAUUAAAAUACUCAUUAAUAAUUCAUAAACCUUGUGGCAAAUCAUGUCAGCCAUAAUAUGUCACGUGCAGUGACUUUAUAUCUGAUAAAACACAUGUGGCAUUAUAUAAUUGUUCAUCUUAAUUAGCAUGAUUAUAUUAUGGUUCAUCCUAAUUCACUUAUUCACCAAUAGUGACGCCAUCUUGAAUCAGGAUGCAUUAUGGGUUAUCCAGGGUAAAAAUGAAAAAUCCGAAUUCAGAAGCCUUCAAUGUCGUAUUGAGACACAAUACGAUAAUUUUUUUUAUAAACAAUUUCUUGAUGACAAUGAGGCAGUGUAAAUCAAUUUUAUGCGCACUUUGGUGAAAUUAUUUCCCUUUUUAGGCCUAACAAAGAUUUAAACUAUAGAUUUUAUCCUGAUUUUUUUUAUUUUUCCCAGCUUUUGUGUGUUUUCCUAGUUCUUCUAAAAAUUGUCUGUUAUUUUUAACUAUAAAAACGUGUGUUUUCGCCUACAUAUUCGAUUUACAGCCCUUCAAAAACGCUCCAUUACCCUGGAUCACCCAUAAUGCAUUGCGUUAAUUGAACGCGAAAUUCAAGAUGGCGUCGCUAUUGGUGAAUAGGUGAAUUAGUAUUCUUUUGUAGUCGUAUUUUAAGCUAUUCAAAACACUCGUUGUCGUGUUUUAUCAGAUAUAAAACGCUAAUACUAAUAUAAUGAAAAUAAUAAUACGAGAUGUUCACUGACCAAAAUGAUUUAUUUAGACGAGUUUAAUUCGGCCACUAGACUGUGGUCUUCGACAGGCUCGGGAUAGCAAGCUUAUAUACUAACAUAUGUUACUACAGACUCAGUCUAGUGGCCGAAAGCUCGUCUAAAUAAACAAUUUUGGUCAGUGAACGUCUCGUAUUAUUAUGCCUUUACCUGACCCUGACCGCGCUUCGACCAUAAUGAAAAUAGCCAGUAGCGCGAACUAUUUCAUCAGUUGCGUUUUUGUAUUUUUCCUUUUAGAAUAAUUGGUCCGUUUUCCAACUCAGUGGCGUUUUCAAAAGCCUUCAAAUGCCCGUCUGGCAGCAGAAUGAAUCCUGUAAAGAAAUGUCGUGUUUGGUAGAAGAGGAUUUUAAAUGAAGAAUAAAUUAUUUUUAUGCUUUCCCCCUCGAAUAAUUUACUACUUGAGAAAAAAAUAUAUAAUAAUUGCACUUCCCCAGUUUUAUCAAAUGACUUAAUUUUUUCGUCCCCGUUACUCAGUAGAGAGGUUCAGAUUUGACUUCCACUACCUCUACCAUAUUAUGGACCAUUAACCAAUCAGAUGCAUUGAAUAUAUCCGAUUAACCAAUCAGAUGCAUUGGAUAUAUCCGAUUAACCAAUCAGAUUCGUACUAAGCCAGCGGGAGGUAUUAGUAGUGGAAGUCAAGUUCAGACCUCGCUUUCACAAAGUCCACAAAGCCCGCAAUCUCGUUCCCAGAGUAUGCCUGUUCACGGGUUAUGUAGUGGCAUGACACUACAUAACCCGCGAACAGGCAUACUCUGGGAACGAGAUUGCAAAGCCCGAGGAAAACUUAUUAGCCUCCAACCUCGUACCCAGGCUCUUAUAAGACCCGGGGUACGAGGUUGAUUAGCCUCAGGGGGACAAGGGCGUGUUACUGUGUCUGCUUUUCAAAUUAUAUUUCCCAAAUUACUUUUCAAAUUUUUCAUUUAUGAAAAAAUUGGAAAUUUUGCACAUAAUAAGGAAACAAGAUUGCGUAAUUCCGCCUGUCAUUUCAUUCUAGGCUAGCUCUUUAUAGCUUGGUGGCUCGCGCAGAAAUACUCGAAGCCGUUUAUAGAAGUAACUCAAUUAAAACACUUCGGAUUUAAACUGAAAUAAAAGCCUCUCCCGUCUAUAGAUAUUUACUUCUGCAGCCAUUCAAUGCAUUUG